AUGUGGACCCUGAACAUAUCGAUCUACUAUCAUCAUCGUCCGCGUCUGGCGCAGGUCAGAUGCCUACCGGGGAAAAAACUCGACCCCCCAAACAAGGUCGAGAAGAACAGAAAAUCAAAGCCUAAGCAGCCUCGCGACGCUAAAGCUCGAAGACAGGUGCGGUACCUCAGUCGCCUGGAAGUUUUACCCAAAGAGCUCCUGCAGCAGAUCUUCUUCUAUUCCCUGAAUUUGAAUUUUACGUGCGUCUCCACAUCCAUCACAGCGGCGAUCACCAAUGAGCGCAUCUAUGGACUCCUCAUUCUGCAAGCCUGCUGGAAAGGCCCAGAAGGACAGGAGCCAUGUGCUGCUGUCCGCCGCUAUUUUGCACCCAUGGAAUUCACUCCACUCUCUACCGAGGACCGCACGCAACUCCAGAGCGUGAUGUUCCAAUGUCCCUGGUUCACGGCUGAUCGACUACGGGCCCAGGUCUCAACGUUGAUGAUGCUCAACAUUCAUCAGUACUGGCUGAAAGAUGUCACAAUGGAGCCUCAACAGAAGACGGCCCUGGCUCAGCUCAUGAGCAAGGCGGACAACGCUCCCCGAGACUUCCAUGGCGACGGCCCGCCACUGCAGCAUUUUCUCGAUAAACUGAACCACCCGUUCGAUGAACACAAUCGACGAGAAUAUCUCAGCUCGCCCGGCGCUCAUUCAUACGAUCUCCAUAUCUCUGAUUAUAUGGAACUAGAAAUCAGGCGGACCAAUAUGCCCAAGCUGACUGACGCCGUCAUCAGAAUCCCCGCUAUCAGUCUCCUCUGCAUACCUGAUCACCUGUAUCGCGGUGACUCCGACCACUUCCCAACCGAAGAUCUGAAAACCCUUGAAACUUUGCGGUUGUGCUCGGGGCUUUUCCUUGCUCCAGGCCUCCCUCCUCUUCCUACCCCCAUCACCAUUAAUCGCCCCGCUCUUCAUCGCGGCGUCAAGAUGUCCAUCAAGUCUAAGGACUUCGUGGCUUUAACCAGCCUUCUGAAACUAGAAGAAUAUUGUAUCCGCUUCGGGACUCAAGUUCGGGAUCACAUCUACUUGAUCUCAGAAGAGCACUUCAUCCGAGUCGCCAGGCUGCGCGAGCACCCGAUCAAAAAAGUGGUUCUGUUCCGGAAUCUUCUCCGCGCGAGUGCAGAGUCGGUGCCGCCUAUGAGUGAAGAAGUCAUCGCUUGGAAUAAUAAGAACAAGACGCGCCCGGCAUGCAAGGAAGUCAACUUCCCUAAAUUUGCGCACUGGUUGUCAGAUUUCAUGCUGGAUCUACCUAACGAUGUAGGGAAGGAGAAGGAUCAGAUGAAGCGGCAGCUUUUCUACUGCGGGGGACUGGAUCAUCAGAGUCGGCAUGCUGAGGGGUAUUUGGAGGCGAUUAGCCCGAAGACUCUUGGCCCCUGGAUGCCGGCGAGCAGUGGGUUUCCUGUCCAGCAGCUUUGGCAGAAAUCCGGCUAG